AGACUUAAUUUCACUUUCUGUUUUGCUGAAGAGUCGAGUCAGGACUGGAUUUAUCUUCUAUCUGCGGGUUAUUCUGACAGUAAAGAUGAAUGAGGAGGAGGGGGCGCGCGUUUGUGAGCUGUGUCACAAGGAGGUUGCAGAGUCUAAUUUUGCUUUGCACGAGCUCCACUGCAAACGCUUCUUAUGUCUCUGUCCUGACUGUGAUGAAGCAGUUCCCAAAGAACAACUAAAGCAACACAGAGAAGACCAGCACACCCUGGUCAGAUGCUCAAAGUGUAAGAAAAAGGUGGAACGUUGUCACCUAACUGACCAUGAGUCUAAAGAGUGUGAGCAGCGUCUGCAGAGCUGUCAGUUCUGUCAGUUGGAGGUGCCGUGGAAAAAAGAGGCCGAGCACAGUCUGGUGUGCGGGAGUCGCACCGAGCUCUGUGGGGACUGCGGGCGCUACGUCACCCUGAAAGAUCAGCUAAAGCAUAACCACACGUGCCCAGCUAUGACCUCAGAUUCUCCUCUAACCAGUGGUGCAAGCAACAACAUGAAAAUAACAGUCAUUUGCAGAGGAUGUAGUGCAUCAAUUCCAGCUGAGGACAUAGAAGAACAUGAGUUGGAGUGUGCAUCUCCCUCCACUGAGAGCUUGGACGAGACAGAGGGAGAAACGAAAGAAGAUGAGGACAGUGAUUUAGAGACAGAGGAGGCGGCCUGGAAGGCAGCGUUGCUGUCAGAUCGAGACAGCAGGGACGAGUGGGAUGAUAAAGAAGAUCCAAACCAGAUCAGCACCUGUCCCUACUGUCACCUGGCACUGCCAGUCUACACGCUACGAUGGCACGAGGUGAAGUGCCAGAUCCACAUCCAUUUGAAAUAAAACAUCAGAAGCACAAAUGCUUUAAUAUUAAUAGUGGAAUGUGAGGAUUUUAAUUUAAGCUGUUAAAACUAACUCAUUUAAUUCUUUGCUGAAACAUUUGCUCUAAUGCUACCUUAAGGUAUAAAAAAAUCUUCUGCAAGCAAUAUAUUCUCAUAUAUCAUCUAUUUCCCAAAAAUGGUUUACAAAACUGCUGAACAAAGAUGACAAAUACGUGUCUUCUCCUCCUGUUCCCUGAAAAAGGCAGAAACCAGUCCUUGAUCCCCGCCCACUGCUUUCUUAUGGCGUCAGAUCGGUGCCAAAACCACUCUCCCGUAAAACAUGCAUUCGGGCGUAUUAUAUUAUUUAACACGUGUGCACGCAAAUUAUCUCUGCGCCUGUGUACAAUCAAAGGAAACUGCUCUGCAAGUGAAGAAAAAGGUGAUGCGAGCGAGGAGGAUUGUGAUCAGUGCGCCCCGGCCUCUCAAAGAUUAUUUCUGCUCAUGCGCAGCAGAUUUCUGUUCUGUCACUCUAAACUUGGGGGAGGGUUUUGGCACUAUGGGGGAGGGGACAAAGGGGUUGGUACUAGCUCAGCUGUGAUUUGUCAUUUGUGAAGAGUGAGAUUUGAUUGACAGCCCUCUGACACAGAAGUCUGAUAAAACUGAGACAACGGCGUUAACCGAUUUUUGCCUCAUUUCUGCUUAAAACUGCACUCCAGUCAUCACCUAUCUCAGUGACAGAUCUCUGAAGCUUCUGCACAACAAUUGUUUCCACAUAAAUUCAGCAUUAUUUAAUGAUAAGUUACAAAAAAAUCCUAAAAAUCACCUGAGAUUAAUGAAACCUGGCGCGUCUGAGUCUGACACUACAUCCAAACUGAUCAAAGGGAAUAAUGUGAUUAUUAACCAUCAGAUGACAAAGUAAAACCUCUUAAAUCACGUGCAAACCAUUACGCCACCACAUCCCCGAAGAAGACAACGGUGUCUCCUUCGUUUUAGCAGACAUCCGUGUCAGAGAGGAGGGCUGUUAAUCAAAUCUCGCUCUUCAGAAAUGACCAAUCACAGCAGAGCUUGAAGCUUUGCAUCUGUCUACACCCUUUCAGCCACAUGGGUACAUUAAGUUGUUCUUUUUAUGAGUUUUUGUUAUUGUUGAUCUGUGUGCAGAAUAAAUAAAUUCAUUCGCUCAUUCAUUCAGAGGAGGAGGGCUGUCAAUCAAAUUUUACUCUGCCAAAAUCCUCCCCCAAGUUCCAUAGCAGAAAUCCGCUGCGCGUGAGCAGAAAUAAACUUCGAGAGGGCGGGGCCACACUGGUCACAUAUUCCUCCUCGCUCAGAGCACCUUUAUCCUUGCGCGCACACUCGCAGUUAAUAUCUAUGCGUAUGAAACAUUAUAAUACACCCAAAUGCAUGUUUUAUGUGAGAGUGCACCAAUCUGACUCCAUAUCUCUGCUCAACCUGGGCUGAGCAGUGAUCAGCCUCUUCAGGUUGUGAUACAGCAACUUAUUUAUGAAAAAUGGACUGUCGUGACAAAUUCUGCACAUACGUCACAGUCUACAUGGACAAUUUACCCAGAGGGCAAUAAAAAAAGAGACAUUUUUAA